GUUGGGUGCUCCCAGACUUAGGGGUUAAACGAUCAAGUCCAGACUCCUCCAUGUGACUGGUGUCGCCAUCGAUUCCUCUCUUUACUUGCAGUGAAUUAUUAGUUAUUAACAAGCCUCAGGCUCAUAUACCCAAAUGCUCUCCGUCCUUAGGCUCCAAUCUUACACAAACCAACUCUAGUCAGAUCUCCCUGUUAUCAUGAUCGAUCCAGUCAGCAUCGCAUCGCUCUCCUUCGAGGUAUUUGCCAUAUGUGUCCAGGGAUUUGUCCUGUUGUCCAAGGCCCAAAAUCUGGGGCGGGAUGCGUCGUUCCUGGUCACGAUGCUCAGCGUGCAGGAGUGUCGCUUCCUGCAGUGGGCUGAAAUCGUUGGAGUCGACGACCCGGACAGAACAAUUGAUCCACGCCUGAAUAAAGUGCAGGCAAGCCAGCUCAUGGGCCAGAUGCAGUUGAUGCUGGACAAAGACAAUAUUAAGAAACGAUAUCACCUUGAUCUGGUAGAAAAGGAGGGGUCCACGGACGGGGAAGGCGUCGAUGGCUCUGAAGCGCCGCACGACAUCCUGUCAAGUGCUGUUUCUGAUAAAAGAAGAGCCGACAUUCUGUAUCGUGCCAAAUUGAUCAAAUCCAAGAACUGCCUCCCAAAGCGGCUCUGGUGGGCGGGAGUGGACAAAGCCAGGCUUGAGCGGCUUGUGUCCCAGGUCCAGCAAACCGUGCAGGGCCUGUGGGAUCUUCUAAACCCCAUUCAGCAAGCCAGUAUGCAGCAGGCAAUACAAGAGAUCCUCUCCAAGGUCAUCGAUACAAGAAAUGGCGUGAACGAGCUGCGGGAGCUGCGAACUGCCUUCGAAGCGAACAGUGCUUUCCCCCUGGCAGCGAGUGCGCGGGUCAAGGCUGUCGCCAUCGCAUUAAACGACACCAAAGACACCAAGGAGGAGUCAUCUAUUCCGAAUACAGCCAGCAGUGGCGAUCAGGGACAACAGGCCGGUCCCCAACCUGUAGCCGCAAAGCUUCUACGAGACGACCUGGCGUGCAUCGAGAAAACGAAGGAUGCAACUAGAAGCGUUGCUCGCUACAAAGGCAAACCAGUCCUACUUGAGCAUAAACCAGUGCCGGCCAAAUAUAAAUCGAAAUUGAAGCAUCGGGUAGUUGACCUGGCCACGCUUCUCUCCACCCAAACCCAUCCAGAAUUCCUGACCCUUCGAUGCAUUGGAUAUGUCGAAGACCAGGAAGGCUUCUCUCUCGUUUACGACUACCCUGACACCCUGGACAUCACCUUUAACACAUCAAACGCAUCAGAAGCGCCUCCUGGUCCUAAAUCCCUGCUCGAUCUACUCAGUCUUCGCGAUCCUCCCCUGAAGCCGAGCCUCUCUGCACGACUCAAGCUGGCUCGAGAAUGCUUACAUGCCAUCAUACUCCUCCACACAGCCGGAUGGCUGCACAAGUCCCUCCGAGCCUCCAAUCUUCUCUUCUUCACAACUGAGGACUCCGCGAGAAAGAAUCCCGACAGCGUCCUCGCCCACCCAUAUCUCGCCGGCUUCAACUUUUCGCGGAUCGACAGGCCCGCCGAGAUAUCUGAAUAUGUAUCUGAAAAUCCACAGGCAGAUAUUUACCGGCACCCAGAUGCCCUGGGUGAACCACUGGUCUCGUUUGAGAAGGAGAUGGACUUGUACUCCCUAGGAACUGUUCUGAUCGAGCUAACUGAAUGGCGUCCCUUGUGGGUAAUAGUUCAGAAGACUGUUAAAGGUGACAACAAGGAGAAGGAUGUCCCCCUUGAGAAGAUCAAGGGUGUCAGGAAAUGGCUGUUGGAGGCUAAGGUUGGUAAUGGAGACGUUGCAUUUCGUGUAGGAGAUGGCUUCGGGGAUGCUGUCGCAAUGUGCUUGAAAGGGGAAAGUUGUAAGACAGAGACGAGGCAAAAAGUUCUAGACCGGGAAUGGGAGAUUGCGAAGAAGUUGGGAGCCUGUCAUAUUUGACUGAACCGUGUUAAAG